AUGGCCGAGGUGAAGCUGCGGAGGACGGAAGUGACGCUUGGCAUAUUUGACCAGGCUGAAUCAAUAUUCGUGAUCACGGUUCUAAUCAAUGCAGAGCGCGUCAUCUUCGCCUGCGACCAUACUGCAUUUCUCGCAUUUGCAAUUGCAGCCAGACUACCCAUGAACUGA